AUGUCAGCAGCAAAUAGUAGUGAUGAUACAACAACAACAACAGGAAAUAAUUUAUUUCCAUUGAUAAAUCAUUUGGAUCAGGUAAAACAAGCUAUCGGAUCAGAUACUGAUGAUUUUAAAUUCAUGACUCAGGAUAAUUAUCUAUUCUAUUGUUAUGGGAGGGUGAAGACUACAACAUUUCCAUCAAUUGAAAGUGGUGAUGAUGAACAAAUUCAGGAUAUGAAAAAGAUUAGAAGGGAAAUUAGAGGGUUAGCCUUUGACAAGGAUAGUGGAAAGUUGGUGAGCAGAUGUUUACACAAGUUUUUUAAUUUGGAUGAAAAUGCAGAAACAAAUACAGAAUAUUUAGAAAACAAGUAUAAUCCAAAUGGUGAUUGUAAUUUAUUGGAUAUUUUCCUUGUUUUAGAAAAGUUGGAUGGUUCAAUGAUUAUGCCAAUUAUUGUCGAUGGUAAAAUUGUGUUUAGAACUAAAAGAGGUUAUUUUAAUCAAGUUACAAAUCAAGCAGAUAAAUUUGUAGCUGAAUCUCAAGUGAAAUAUUUGGAAUUUUGUACAAAAUUAAUGAAAGAAGGAUAUACACCAAUAUUUGAAUUUUAUUCGAAAGAGAAUAUGGUGGUAAUUGAAUAUGAUUCAACAUUUUUGACUUUAAUUGCAAUUAGAUAUACAGAAAAGGGAGAUUAUGUACCAUACAAUGAAAUGUGUGAAAUGUGUAAUGAAUUUUCUAUUCCAUUUGUGAAAUGUAUUUUCAGUAAUACUGACCAAGAUGAACAAUCCAAAAAGACAGUUAUCAAAUCAUUCAAACAAUUGAAGAGCAAAGUGAAUACAAUCAAAGGUAUUGAGGGAGUUGUCAUUCGUCACAAAGUUUCAGGUGAAAUGUUUAAAUUCAAAACCAAUUGGUAUUCUGAACAACACAAAAAGAAACAACUUGUUACUGAUGGUAAUCCAUCACCAGCACAUAUUUGGAAAUUUGUAAUGGAUGAUUGUAUUGAUGAUAUCAUUCCAGUUUUAAAUACUGAAAAGGAAAAGCAAGAAUUGAGAAGGUUUAACGAUGAGGUCUUGAAUGCUAUUGAUGAUUGUGCUAAAAGAUCUUUGGAAAUUAUUGAAUUUGCAAUGAAUUUAGGAAGCGCAAAAGAAACAGCAAGUUACAUUGCCCAGGAAUCAGGUCAUAAUACUAUUUUCAAAAAGAUUGUUUACAAAAUCAAAACAGAAAUUGACAAGAAGACUAAUCAGCAAGACUACAUGUCACCUCAAGAUGUUGUGAAAUAUUUCCUUUUACAAUUUAUUUUCAAGGAUUUGAAUUUGGUGAAGGAAUGUUUAAACACUCCAGACUUGGUUUACACAAAUUACAAAAUUACAAAUUGA